AUGUCUAAUGAACCAACAUCAAGUAUGGAUCCGCAGAUUAAAGCAUACAUUGAUAGUGCAUGCCAAGCAACUGUUACGACGUUAAUCGAAAAAGUCAAAGAGAUAAUUAACCAACAAACCGAAGCUCAGAGGAGUUGGAAUGAACAAUUGCAAAAAACGAUAGAUGAAUGGUUUAGCAAGCUAGAGCAGGUUGGUUUGACGACCAAUGGAGUAAAUUUCAACAAUAAUAUGGCCACUGAAGAAGAACAAACCAACCAAACAACCCCAGCAACAAUAUGCUCACAAUCGGAAUUGAGAGACGACUUACCUCAAGAUAAUAAGAAUGAAAGAGUUUUUCGACAUACCGCCCAGUACAAACUUUCACGUAAUAUUACAACAUGUGAUCCACCAGUGCUCCAAUCAGUAAGCGAGACAUUGACUACACAAGAACCACAAUAG